AGCAGGCUGGAGGAGGCGGGCUGGAGGCGGGGAGCAGGCAGGAUGCAGUCACGCUGGAGGCGGGCCGGGGCCGGGGUGACUCAGCCGCCGAGAGCUGCCCCUUCCGCGGCUGCCGAGGGAGCGUGUGCGGGGCCGUGCGGGGCGGUGGAGUGUUCCGUUCUGUAGCCAAGAUGUGGCCGUCCGUGUCCAUCCUGUGUGUCCUGGUGGCCUUCGCCAAUGCUCGCAGCGUUCCGUACUAUCCUCCCCUCUCCAGCGACUUGGUCAACCACAUAAACAAGCUCAACACCACCUGGAAGGCUGGGCACAAUUUCCAUAACACUGACAUGAGCUAUGUGAAGAAGCUCUGUGGCACCUUCCUGGGUGGGCCCAAGCUCCCUGAGAGGGUUGAUUUUGCUGCAGACAUGGAACUGCCUGAUAACUUUGACUCACGGACGCAGUGGCCUAACUGUCCUACCAUCAGUGAGAUAAGAGACCAGGGCUCUUGUGGUUCUUGCUGGGCUUUUGGUGCCGUAGAAGCAAUUUCAGACAGAAUCUGUGUUCACACGAAUGCCAAGGUGAGCGUGGAGGUCUCGGCGGAGGACUUGCUGUCAUGCUGUGGCUUCGAGUGUGGCAUGGGGUGCAACGGUGGUUAUCCCUCUGGCGCGUGGAGGUACUGGACAGAGAGGGGCCUUGUGUCUGGGGGUCUCUACAAUUCCCAUGUGGGCUGCCGUCCCUACUCCAUCCCACCCUGCGAGCACCAUGUCAACGGCUCCCGGCCACCGUGCACCGGGGAGGGGGGGGAAACCCCCAGGUGCAACCGGCACUGCGAACCUGGCUACUCGCCCUCGUACAACGAUGACAAGCACUAUGGCAUCACAUCCUACGGUGUCCCUCGCAGUGAGAAGGAAAUCAUGGCUGAGAUCUACAAGAAUGGCCCAGUGGAAGGAGCCUUUAUUGUCUAUGAGGACUUCCUGAUGUACAAGUCUGGGGUCUACCAGCACGUGUCCGGCGAGCAGGUUGGAGGCCACGCGAUCCGGAUCUUGGGCUGGGGGGUGGACAACGGCACUCCAUACUGGCUGGCCGCCAACUCCUGGAACACCGACUGGGGGGACAACGGCUUCUUCAAAAUCCUCCGAGGAGAGGACCACUGCGGCAUCGAGUCCGAGAUCGUGGCUGGCCUCCCCAGGCCGGAGCAGUACUGGAAGAGGGUGUAACCUUGAUCAAACCACAAAUAAUCCUGAGUCCCCGAUGCUUUUAACUGAUAGUGAGUUGGGUGCAGAGCCCCGCCUCUAAGAGACUAUAGUUGAGAUUACUUUAUUAAAGCUUUUUAUCUUUUUUUUUUUUUCUCAAUUUUAUGGUGGAGCUGGAGGUGGAACUGCUCUCUGCAAGCCCUCUGCCCCUGGUGGGUCACAGCUAUGGGGCAUUCCCUGCUCAAAGGACUGCUGGACGGCUCACUGGCCUCUUGCACCAUGGUAUUUGGUUAGCCUGGACCCCUUCCAGCCCAGUCUGUUACUGGGAGGGUAGGAAGCAGUAGCUUUGUGCUGGGACUAGGGACUUGGAGGGGCAAUGGAGAUGGAUCCCGCCGGGAAGCCACGGCCAGGGAUGAUUUGUGCACCCCUGGCUGGGUUGGUCUAACUGUUAUCACCUGAAGCAAGCAGGGUAUGUAGGUGUGUGCCUUAAAUUGGCUAAAUUUAGACCUAAUAAUGAAGAAAUACUGACGAACUUGAUGUGGGGCUGCCUCUCACCUGAGCUGUUAAGGUCCCUCCUGCCUGCAACAGGUCCUUUGUCCAUCGCUUGCUCUGCUCCAUCCUUUUGGCUGCUUUAAAAACCACUUGUUCCUCAGCUCUUCAUUUGGUUUUUAUUUUUUCUGCUGUAGUCUGGGGUUACUGAUCCUAGGGAAGGGCCUGGCUGGAGCUCCAGGAGCCUUUGAUCAAAUGUCCUGCAAUCACCUAGGAGCACGCUGGAAAGAGCAAACCACUUUUCAUCCAUGGCUGGGCAGCUUGGUGCGUGCAGCGGGUCACGCCUUGGCAAGGGAGGGUGCUGCAGCCAGAACUGGUGUGGUGCUUUGGGACAGCAGGUGCUGACCGCUGAGCAGAGGUGAGGGAUGUUCCCCAGCCCUGCUGCAAGGAGCUCAUGCAGGUGCUUGGAGGUAUCUUGCUAACUUGCACACAAUUGAAUAAUUUUUUUUUUUUGAUUUACAGGCAUUAGGGAAGAAAUAAAACCUUUUUACUGGGGGGAGGGGUGAUAGCUGCGUAGGAGGCAUCAUGUGAUUUGCCAACACUAACAUAGAAAAAGUGGUGUUUUGGUUUUUUUUUAAAUUUUAAAGCAAAGUAUAUUGCUGAGCUGAGGCUACAGGCCUGAAAUGGGUGAUGCAGGCUCUCCCUUGCACUGUAAAAUAGCCCCUUACCUCUGCUUUCUCAGACCCAUGAGACAGCAUUGCGGUAUAUAUAUAUAAAUGGAACAACUGUGCCAAUAAACGACUUCUCCAA